GCCUGGGCGGGGCGGGCGCGGGGAGAAAGGAGCCGCGCGCGAGUUCUGGGCACUGCGCGGGGCGCACGUUGCGGGAUGGAAAGCAGGGCGCUGCUGGUCAUCGCGUUGUGGCUCUACGUGGAGAUCCGGGCUGACUCUGGGGGUUUGUCUAGUGUUCCUCUCGAUCUACCCAGGCUCAGCAUACAAAAAGACAUACUUACAAUUAUGGCUAACACAACGCUUCAGAUUACUUGCAGUGGGCAGAGGGAUUUGGACUGGCUAUGGCCCAACAAUCAGAGUGGUUCUGAGAACAGAGUGGCAGUGACCGAGUGCAGCGACCAUGUCUUCUGUAAGACGCUUACAAUUCCAAAAGUGAUCGGAAAUGAUACUGGAGCCUACAAGUGCUUCUAUCGGGACAGCAACAAGGCCUCUGUCAUUUAUGUCUAUGUUCAAGAUUAUAGAUCUCCAUUUAUUGCUUCUGUUAGUGACCAACAUGGAGUUGUAUACCUCACUGAGAACAAAAACAAAACUGUUGUGAUUCCAUGUCUUGGGUCCAUUUCAAACCUCAAUGUGUCACUUUGCGCAAGGUACCCAGAAAAGAGGUUUGUUCCUGAUGGUAACAGAAUUUCCUGGGACAGCAAGAAAGGCUUUACUAUUCCCAGCUACAUGAUCAGCUAUGCUGGCAUGGUCUUCUGUGAAGCAAAAAUUAAUGAUGAAAGUUACCAGUCUAUUAUGUACAUAGUUGUGGUUGUAGGAUAUAGGAUUUAUGAUGUAAUUCUGAGUCCCCCUCACGGAGUUGAAUUAUCUGUUGGAGAGAAACUCGUCUUAAAUUGUACAGCAAGAACUGAGCUAAAUGUGGGGAUUGACUUCCACUGGGACUCUCCUUCUUUGAAGCAUCAGCAUAAGAAACCUAUAAGCCGGGACGUAAAAGUCCAGUCUGGAAAUGAGAUGAAGACAUUUGUGAGCUCCCUCACUAUAGAUGGUGUCACCCGCAGUGACCAAGGCUGGUACACCUGUGGAGCCUACAGUGGGCUGAUGACGAAGAGGAACACCACCUUUGUCAGGAUCCACGAAAAACCUUUCGUUGCUUUUGAUAGUGGUAUGGAAUCUUUGGUGGAGGCCACAGUAGGAGACCGCGUCAGAAUCCCUGUGAAAUAUCUUGGUUACCCUCCUCCUGAGAUAAAAUGGUAUAAAAAUGGAAGACCCAUUGAGUCCAAUCACACCAUUAGAGUGGGGCACGUUCUGACUAUCAUGGAAGUGAGUGAGAAAGACACAGGCAAUUACACGGUCGUCCUUACCAACCCCAUUUCAAAGGAGAAACAGAGCCACGAGGUAUCUUUGAUUGUGACUGUCCCACCCCAGAUUGGUGAGAAAUCUCUCAUCUCUCCCGUGGACUCUUACCAGUAUGGCACCACCCAAACGCUGACGUGCACAGUCUAUGCUGUUCCUCCCCCCCAUCACAUCUACUGGUAUUGGCAACUGGAGGAAGAGUGCACCUAUGAGCCCACCCAAGCUGUUUUAAUGACAAACCCAUAUACUUGCAAAGAAUGGAGAAAUGUGGAGGACUUUCAGGGGGGAAAUAAAAUUGAAGUCAACAAAAAUCAAUUUGCCUUAAUUGAAGGAAAAAACAAGACUGUAAGUACCCUUGUUAUCCAAUCAGCAAAUGUGUCUGCAUUGUACAAAUGUGAAGCGGUCAGCAAAGCAGGCAGUGGAGAGAGGGUUAUCUCUUUCCAUGUGACCAGGGGUCCCGAAAUCAGUUUGCAACCUGGCACCCAGCCAACUGAACAGGAGAGUGUGUCUCUUUGGUGCAGCGCAGACAGGACAACAUUUGAGAACCUUAUGUGGUACAAGCUUGGCCCACAGGCUCUGCCGAUUCACGAGGGAGAGUUGCCCACGCCUGUUUGCAAGAACUUGGAUGCUCUUUGGAAAAUGGAAGUCACUAUGAUCUCUAACAGCACAAAUGAUGUUUUGAUCAUGGAGCUCCGGAACGUAUCCUUGCAGGACCAAGGAAACUAUGUCUGCUUUGCUCAGGACAGGAAGACCAAGAAAAGGCACUGUGUUGUCAAGCGGCUCACAGUUCUAGAGCGCAUGGCACCGGUGAUCACAGGAAACCUCGAGAAUCAGACGACAAGCAUUGGUGAAACCAUCGAGGUUUCCUGCACUGCGUCGGGGAAUCCCCCUCCACAGAUUACCUGGUUUAAAGAUAAUGAGACACUUGUGGAAGACUCAGGCAUCAUACUGAAAGACGGGAACCGAAACCUGACGAUCCGCAGGGUGAGGAAGGAGGAUGAGGGCCUCUAUACCUGCCAGGCCUGCAGCAUUCUUGGGUGUGCGAAAGUGGAGGCGUUUUUCAUAGUCGAAGGUGCUCAGGAAAAGACGAACUUGGAAGUCAUUAUUCUAGUGGGCACUGCAGUGAUUGCCAUGUUCUUCUGGCUACUUCUUGUCAUUGUUCUUCGGACCGUUAAGCGGGCCAGUGAAGGAGAACUGAAGACAGGCUACUUGUCCAUUGUCAUGGAUCCAGAUGAACUUCCCCUGGAUGAACGCUGCGAACGCCUGCCUUAUGAUGCUAGCAAAUGGGAGUUCCCCAGGGACCGACUGAAACUAGGUAAACCUCUUGGCCGUGGUGCCUUUGGCCAAGUAAUUGAAGCAGAUGCCUUUGGAAUUGACAAGACAGCAACUUGCAAGACAGUGGCUGUCAAAAUGUUGAAAGAGGGAGCAACACACAGUGAACACCGAGCCCUCAUGUCUGAACUCAAGAUCCUCAUUCAUAUUGGCCACCAUCUCAAUGUUGUCAAUCUUCUAGGUGCCUGCACCAAGCCUGGAGGGCCGCUUAUGGUGAUUGUGGAAUUCUGCAAAUUUGGAAACCUGUCAACAUACUUAAGGAGCAAGAGAAAUGAAUUUGUCCCCUACAAGAGCAAAGGGGCACGAUUCCGACAAGGGAAAGAAUAUGUUGGAGAAAUCACAAUGGAUCCUAAACGCCGCUUGGACAGUAUCACCAGUAGCCAGAGCUCAGCCAGCUCUGGAUUUGUUGAGGAGAAGUCCCUCAGUGAUGUGGAGGAAGAGGAAGUUUCUGAAGACCUGUAUAAGAACUUCCUGACCUUGGAACACCUCAUAUGUUACAGCUUCCAAGUGGCUAAGGGCAUGGAGUUUUUGGCCUCACGGAAGUGUAUCCACCGGGACCUGGCGGCACGGAAUAUCCUCUUGUCUGAGAAGAAUGUGGUUAAAAUAUGUGACUUUGGCUUGGCCCGGGAUAUUUACAAAGACCCAGAUUAUGUCAGAAAAGGAGAUGCUCGCCUGCCUUUGAAAUGGAUGGCUCCAGAAACAAUUUUUGACAGAGUGUACACAAUUCAGAGUGAUGUGUGGUCUUUUGGUGUUUUGCUCUGGGAAAUAUUUUCCUUAGGUGCAUCUCCAUAUCCUGGGGUAAAGAUUGAUGAGGAAUUUUGUAGGCGAUUGAAAGAAGGAACUAGAAUGAGAGCUCCUGAUUACACCACACCAGAAAUGUACCAGACUAUGCUUGACUGCUGGCAUGGAGAGCCCAAUCACAGGCCCACAUUUUCCGAGUUGGUGGAACAUUUGGGAAAUCUGUUACAAGCUAAUGCUCAGCAGGAUGGCAAAGACUACAUUGUUCUCCCCAUAUCAGAGACUUUGAGCAUGGAAGAGGAUUCUGGACUCUCUCUGCCUACCUCACCUGUUUCCUGUAUGGAGGAAGAGGAAGUGUGUGACCCCAAAUUCCAUUAUGACAACACAGCAGGCAUCAGUCAGUAUCUGCAGACCAGUAAGAGAAAGAGCCGGCCUGUGAGUGUAAAAACAUUUGAAGAUAUCCCAUUGGAAGAACCAGAAGUAAAAGUUAUCCCAGAUGACAACCAGACGGACAGUGGUAUGGUUCUUGCAUCAGAAGAGCUGAAAACUUUGGAAGACAGAACCAAGUUAGCGCCAUCUUUUAGUGGACUGAUGCCCAGCAAAAGCAAGGAGUCUGUGGCAUCUGAAGGCUCAAACCAGACGAGUGGCUACCAGUCCGGGUAUCACUCCGACGACACGGACACCACCGUGUACUCCAGCGAGGAGGCCGAACUUUUAAAGCUGGUGGAGGUGGGACCGAAAGCUGACAGUGCAGCCCAGAUUCCCCAGCUUGACUCGGGGACCCCAUUAAGCUCGCCUCCUCUUUAAAAGAAGCCACCCAUGAACCCCACUCCUGGAAAUCACAUGAGAGGUGCUGCUCAGAUUUUCAAGUGUUGUUCUUUCUACCACCAGGAAGUAGCCGCAUUUGAUUUUCAUUUAAAAAACAAAACAAAACAAAACAAACAAACAAACAAACAAAAAAAACCCCAAGACCUCAAACUUCAGGGAACCAAUCCCCUAGGCAUUUCCUGAGAAGAUGCUGGUGACCCAAGAAUGUGUUUGUCUCCUCCCAGUGCUGAUCUAAUUCUCUCUUUCAUUCAUUCAUUCAAAAAGCAUGUAUGAUGCCUCCAAUUUUGAGUCUCCCCACGGGUUUGAACAAAGAAGCUCAAGAAAUAGCUCCAUCCUCAGAGAAGUAGCAGUACCUGGGGAGUGGAUUCUUCUGCAAAACUAGACAAGAAACCAGGCCUUGCAAGUACUUUAGGCGUUGAAGAUUGGAAAGACCUCCGGGGCUCUGGGGGUGAGUCCACCUAAGAAGCUUCGUAUAGAAUAUGGGUCCUGCACCGUCUGGCAUGUGGAGUUGGGAUGGAUAGAAAGGAAGAUGUUGACUUGCUUUGAGAGCUCGCUGGAGCCUGCAAGUAGCUGUGUUGGCUGCCGUGGAGGUGGACAUGAGGUCUGUUAGGAAAUGUAAAAGCAUCAGAUGAGGUUACUCGUUUUAGAAGUUUGCGUGCUUUUCCCAGUUGGGCUAAACGAGAGUUCCUUAUGCUGUUUCCGACUCCUAAUGAGAGUUCCUUCCGGACUCUUACGUGUCUCCUGGCCAAGCCCCAGGAAGGAAAUGAUGCAGCUCUGGGUUCUUGUCUCCCAGGCCAAUCCUUUAUUCAGACCACCACAAAGAAAGGACAUUCAGACAGAGGCUCCCUGUCGUGUUGAAGUGUUCUGACUGUCUAAACCGGCUUCUGGUUUCUUCUGGAUGAAUACCCACAUGUCUGUCCUGAUGUGAUAUGUCUGGGCCUCAGUGCAGUCGGUUCCGUAUCAAGCUGUGGUGUCAAAGUGUCAGGAGAGAUUUUGCUUUGUUCUUUCUCCCCUCUCCACACCCUUCCUCCUUCUACCCCCCAACCAGUCAGUGUUUUAGUAAUUUGGCCUCUACACUCUAGUAGAAACUAAUUUGGUUUGUGUACUCUCUGAAUGAUUAUUAGCCAGAUUUCAAAAUUAUUUUAUAACCAAAGUUAUAACAACAUCUAUUGUAUUAUUUAGAUUUUUAACAUGUAAAGCUAUUUCUACUGGUUUCUGCCCUUGUUCUUUCCUUUUUUAAAAAGAAAAUGUAUUUUUCAUUUGGUACCAUAGUGUGAGAUGCUGGGAACCAAGACUAAAACAUACUAUGGCGCAUCUAUUUAUAGUCUGUUUAUGUAGAAACAAAUGUAAUAUAUUAAAACCUUCUAUUAUAUAUGAUGAACUUUGUACUAUUCACAUUUUGUAUCAGUAUUAUGUAGCAUAACAAAGGUCAUAAAGCUUUUAGCAAUUGAUGCCAUUUUAGUAAAAAGCAUUAAAAACCUUGAAGGGAUCCCUUUGGAAGGUUGCGGGACUCUUCCUAUUGUUUCUUUCUCUUCUAAAAUGAAGGCCGAAUCAGAUAUCAUUUCCAUGUGGUUGUUUUUCAUUUUCACUUGUACCCUUAGUCUUCAAAUAGAAGCUAUUUUAUAAAAGGUUUAGAAAACGAUAACUGUAUUCUCAAUGUGUAAUAUUAUCCAACUGUUUGGAGGUAAAUACUUAUGACGAGUCAUAGCUCCUUCUCCCCCUCCUGUCCUUCACACACACCUGCACAUGCAAUGUAUCUGAGCACUUCUAGCUGCUUAAAACAUGGAGUGAAAGAUAUGGGGUGAGUUCUCAAGCAGUAUUUGUGGGUCUCCAGUAGAAGCCAAGGCCGGUGAGAAUAACCAGCCAUGAAAAUCGAAGGCUGAGAGACAUGUCGAGAGGUGGCCAGCCCAGGCAGCACCAGUGAGUCAGGAACACAUUAUAGUUUUCAAUAAUGUCUUCCUAUAUACUUGCAGUGUCAGGACAUCAGAGCCAACCUUGUCAUUUUGAUUGAUUACUUUUGCCUGAAUUCACUAAGUGCAAUUUUCUAACAAAUCCUGGGCAACUUGGUGGCCCCACUCUUUGUGAUAUUUUUAAUAUAAGAUUUUAAAAACGUUUAAAUAGUCAAAUAGGCCUAUCAUUUUUUAUGGCUUCUAAGGGUUUAAUUCGUAUUGAGAAAGGCCUUCCUAAUUCUAGCCCCCCAAUUUUCUAUUGUUCUUCUUCCUUUUAUCACAUUUUUUUUCUUUUAGCACAAUAAAUCCGUGUGGAAUUUAUUCUUGCAUAUGGAGUGAGGUAGGAAUCUAAUUUUGAUUUCUUCAAGCACUUGUCUAGUACAGCAGGAUCGUUUAUUCACUACACCUCCUCUGUGUCUGAGGAAAUAUGCGUUGUAUCAUAUUCAAGUCCUAUCAUCUCCCUGAGGCAUUCCGCAUGCCUUUAUGAGGGAGAAGAAGAUUGCCAUGGUGUGUGUAACUGACUCACGGGAACAGCAUUCACAGACUGGCCGCUGACUGGGAUAAGAGGAGAAGGAGGGUCUUCUCUCGGACACUGUUACCUCUAGCUCAGGUCUGGCCUUGUCUGUUUCUGUUGUAACAGUGUUGUACCAUAAAUGAAUGGAAGAAGAGUCUAGGUCUUUUUCCAGAUAGCGAACUCACUGAAAAAUAGAAUUUUCUUCAUUUUAGGUAAAAGAGAUUUUGUUCUCAUAAGCGGCCCCUGGCACUUUUUCCAAUGCCAGGAAUUUGGAUUCAGUCUCAACUUCACACUUUAUAAAGAAAUACUUUCAGCACCUCAGGCGAAAUGAUUAGAAGGUGAGGUUUGGCCCCUCUCCUCUUUUCUGUCUCCACCUCCCUUGGUCCUAGUGCCUUUCUCUCCUCAUUUGCCCCUGUAUUAAAGAGAACUCUGUGGCUUUUUAAAGUGCUUCCUGCAUGGUGUUAUUUUCAAAGCUUAACUGGAGGCAUUUAUUAUGUUUUUGGUGAGGCCACACUAUCUCCCUUUGGUUUCUGGUCUCUCCUCUUUACUUGCUUUGUUCUUUUCCCUCCUCUCAAGCUCCGCUGUCUCUUCACCAUCCAUUUUAUCUCUUUCCAUUUCCUUCUUCUCCUCUGUAACUUCCACCCAACCCCCACCCCAAGCAACUUUUUUUCCUCAGCUGCAGCACAAGAGAGAUGAAAGUGGUGGGGAGAUUUCAAUUCUUUACUCCUAGACUAGGUUUUCCUGUCAAUGUACAUUGAUGGUGUCCUCUUCAAUGAAAGAACAGCAAGGCAAAAAUCUCUAACCCACAACUCUGUAACGAAUCAAUUUUCCUGUCUCCUAAUUGGUCUUUAUAACGUUCACAAGAUUAUUUAUCAGCAAGAUGAUAAAAUGUAGGUAAAUCCAGAAAGCUAAAGCCUUCAAGAGAGUAGGUUUUCCUGCAUAUUUUUCCAUUUGCCAUGGGCACGUUACAUCUGUGGUUUCUUGGGUAUGCAAUAAGCACUGCUCAAAAGGGCUUCUAAUCUGUUUUUAUAAAAUUGCAUUUUCUACAUGAGUCUCUUCCAUGGAAGGGCUAUGACAUAAGUGAAAAUUGGUGUAGUCUUUGUGAAAGCAAUUUUAAGUCCAAUUUUGGGGGGAAAAGUUUACAGCAUGCUCCUAGUUGAUAAAGAGAUUCAAAAAGUAAAAUAAAAUAAAAUCAUUUACUAUGAUUUUGAUCAGAACAGAGAGAAGUAGAGGAAUCUGGGAAGAGUAAGCCAGAAAGAAAUGUAACAGCCAAGUUGGCCUGAAGUUCUGGAGCUAAAGUAAUAUAACAUACCAGCCUCAGCCGAGGUCUGACUCAGAGAUAAGGGCUCUGAGUUAGGAAAAAGUAUUCUAAUGAAGACUACUGAUAAGACAAGGAUUAUAGUAAACUGUGAUUGAUAUCAAGUGAAUGUUAGUGAGAAGACAUCAAACUGUACCUUAGAUUUUAUUUUCUUUACAACAUAACCUUUGUGUAACUUCCUGACACCUGAAAACACCAUUAAAUUCAGUAGCUUCACUUAAUUUUUUUUCUUUAAAAAUAAAAGAAUAAAGGAAAAUUACGUGGCUUAGUUAAUUA